GCAUCUCAUUAAGCACGGUGGACCAUGGCCAGGGGCAAGAAAACAGGAGCUGGGAGAGGGAGAUCUGCUAGCGUCAGUAUACUCACCAGUAGGGAUGUCACAGACUCACAGCAGGCAGGCACGCAAACCUGUAUAACAUGUUCCAAAGAUGUCGGAGACACUGCGAUCGGCUGUGAUAAAUGUGAACAUUGGGUACACAGCACCGAAAUGUGUUCUGGCCUGCCCCAGCAUAUGCUGGAUGCAAUUGCUAAGUAUGAUGGUGCCGGUAUUAGCUUUAUCUGCACAAACUGUCGGCUUGACAGGGGGAAAUCUCCAUCUAGCAGUCAGGUGCCAGCAAAUGAGGUUAUAGCCCAACUGUUCCAGCAGAUCAAAGGUAUUUGCUGCACAGUAAAGGACCUUGUUGACCAAGUUAAGACCCUGACAGCAUCAGUGUCGGCUCAAGCCUCCACUCCCUCAACCAGACCUCAUCCUGAACCACCAAGACUGCAACAGCCUGCUGCCGACUACAGGUCCAUUGUUCAUGAGGAAAUGAAAGAGAUGAGAGAGCGUGAAAAGCGCAAACAGUCUGUCAUAAUCAAGGGCCUCCAUGCCGAUUCCACAGCUGAUCUAGCCUCAAAGUUCGAACAGUUGACUGAUCAGGUUAUGGGCACGAAAGUUGGGCUGACUGACAUCUCAUCCAUCCCUGGCCACCCACAUAUCUAUCGUGCAAAGAUCAUGAAUAGUGAGAAUCGAAAGCUUGUGUUAGACAAGGCAAAAGCUUUGCGAAACACUGACUACUCCUCAGUCUAUAUAUCUAGAGACUUGACCUAUGCACAGAGAUCAGAACUGCUUGCCCGUCGCAGGGCCCGUCAACAAGAACAGGCGCAGGCCCUUGGACUGCCCUCAGCCCAGUCUAACACCGGACAAGACGCACGGACUGCCCCCUCUGUGGGUGCACCACCCCCUGCCUCCCAGGGAAACUAAAACGGAACCAAGACUGUAAGACUAAAUCUGCCACCGACACCACCAAUGUUCUUAGUAUUAUGCACACAAACAUCAAUGGUCUGGCACCCAAAUUUAACAUGCUCGUAGAUUUGCAUGCCAAACUCAAAUGGGAUAUUAUGUGUAUUACUGAGACUCAUCUACUGCCCAGUAUUUCUAGUUCUAUUGUUGAUAUACCUGGCUACACUCUCUUACGUCAUGAUGUUUGUGGGCAUGUGCAAAAGCAUGGUGUGUGCUGCUACAUCCAAAACAGAUUGAGUAUCGACCAUAUAAUCCAACCCUUACCUAACCUCCUUUCCUUUCGCCUGAGUUCACUCAAUACAUUCGUGCUUGUUGUGUAUAGACCGCCUUCUAACUCACCAGAUUCAAAUGACCGUUUAAACCAGUUCAUACUUCACUUUUGCUGUGGAAAAGAAGUGAUUGUCCUAGGUGACUUCAACCUUCCUGGUAUUGAUUGGCCAAUCCAAGUGUCCCAUUGUCCCCCACUAGAAAGGAUGUUCCUUGACACAUUCCUAUCCUUAGGUCUCCAUCAAUGGAUCUCUGAGCCAACAUAUCCCAGAUCUGGAAAUAUCCUUGACUUGAUCUUUACCUCGGAGGCAGAUCGAAUAGGAUCUCUCGAUAUCAUGGCCCCACUGCCUGGAUGUGACCACUGUGCUAUUUCAUUUGAUUACAUAUUUGAUGCUUCACCAUCACUUAACUCAGUUCCUGGACAUACCAUCCCUCAGAGAGCCUGGCACAGGGGUAAGUACCAAGCAGCAAAUCGUAUGCUCAGUAACAUUGACUGGGACCUAGAGUUAGCUUUUCUAGACUCGGAUCAGUCCUUUAAGCGAUUCGCCGAGAUACUCAAUGAUGUGUGCACAGAAUGCAUUCCACUUAAGCCACCUAGUGAAGGUAGGCCUCCCUGGUCAACCAAUCCUCCCACCAGCCUAAUCAAACGAAGGCAUGCUGCAUGGUCCCGUUAUAAAUCGGUAAGGCAUCAGCUUGGUCGUCACUCUGGUGAGGCUCGUUCUAUGUAUGCCAGUUUUGCCAGUCUAAAUCAGCAGUGUCGUAAGUUUGCCGUUCAGGCCCAAGCUAAGUAUGAAGAGGAUCUGAUCUCGAAGUCUAAGGAAAACCCCAAGCUUUUCCAUUCAUACAUCCGCAAGAAGAAGACAUGAUGGAACCCAAC